AUGGGUGAUGUUGAGAAAGGCAAGACGAUUUUUGUUCAAAAGUAUGCCCAGUGGCACAGCAUUGAAAAGGGAGGCAAGCACAAGACCGGGCCUACUCUCCAUGGUCUGUUUGGUUGGAAAACAGGUCAAGCAGCUGGAUUCACUUAUGCAUAUGCCCACAAGAACAAAGGCAUCACCUGGGGAGAGGAUACACUGAUGGAGUACUUGGAGAAUCCCAGAAAGUACAUCCCAGGAACAAAAAUGAUCUUCACUAGCAUUAAGUAG